GGCAGCGCCUUGGCUGCUUGACACGCUCGGGCGCAUGUGUUCGUGUGUGUGUGUGUGUGUGUGUGUGUGUGUGUGUGUGUGUGUGUGUGUGUUUCGGCGGGAGCCGCACGGUGCCUGACGCUGUGACGUGGCUUCUGGCUGCGUGCUGGGCUGACGCCGACGGCUGGGCCUUACGUUCGACGACACACACACCUGUGUGCAUCUGCACAUUUUGCCGGCGCACGGGACCUGCAUCACAGCUACGAGGGAGGAGGCAAUCUGGCCGGGAGGUCGCGUGGCGCGACCAGUCAGUUGCUCGGCAAUCCAAAGGAGCUCGGCACAACUGUAUGGGCAAUGUCGUCACCAACAACAACAUCAACACCAAGAACAAGAAAUGGAUGUGGACGCCAGCUGCCGAGCACCGCAUUUAAGAGUCGCACGCACACACAACCUGCGGCGCUCUUGCGGUCGGAGAGAGAGAACAUGCACACCACAUCACACGCUGCAGACGGUGGGCAAGCAUUGUGGUGCUGAUGUAGAUUGUGGUGGUUGCGGUGGGCUGGGUAUUGCGCAGAGGUCCACGGCACGCGCUCCUGCGGCGGUAGAGACAAUUCGCAGUUGUCUUGUUUUCGCAAGCCGCCAGCAGCAGCCGGCUGAGGCCUCUGUCCGGUCAGGAGAGCGCUGCUCCGCACAGACGUGUGGGCAGCGCUCCCUGCCUGGGAUAGCUGUGUGUGUAUGUGUAUGUGCCUGUGUGUGAAUCGCUCACUGCGCGUGGGGAGGGCGGGUGCGGGGCACCGGAGGUCAGGAGCCAGAGGGACGAGGGCGGCGGAGAGGCGAUGUGUCUCUCACCGCUACUGCUGUGUCUCAUGUCAUCCAAAACCUAAAUCUCCUCUCAUUUUAGAGAAAGAGGGAGUGGGCCGCUGAGUGGUGAGGCCUCACUAUUCACGCGGGUUGCGCACAACGGGGUUGACGGAGGAAGGCUUGUCAUGCGCCUCGUUUUCAUUGUCUUCUUCCCUGUACGACAAAUCGUUUGGUUGGGCUUUAACUCGUGGCGGUUGCAGGACCGUAACCGCACAUAGAUGUGUUUCAUUGCCUGAGAGCCCUGCGCGCCGCCUGGGGCGGUCCAGCGGGCGCGGGGCGCACUGGGACGUGUUUGCCUUGUGUGCCAAGUGGCGUGCGUGUGUGCGUGGUCUUCUUUGCGCCAUGGAAAAAAUAAAAAGAAGUACAUUCGGCAUUCGGUGGCGACGCAAGCGGAGGCGCCGGUCCGGAAAGCAAAGGGACGCGGCGCUUGCCUGUAUCAGUAGUUGCGAUGUAGCCGUGUGCCUGCAGAAGUGAUGUGGUGGGGUGGGCUGGGCUGGUGCAGUUCGUGUUGCGCAUGUGCCUUUUCACGUUCGGGGUGUGCGGUUGGGUUCUUUUUAGCCGUGACAGCGCACGCACGCGGCCAGUGUGCUUGCGUGCGUGUUGCGGUUGACACAACACAUUCGGUCGGCGAGAUGGGAUAAAAUUAUUCCGGUCGCGAGACGCGGUACCCAGUUGACGUUACCAAGUAAGUUUUGCUGGUGGUGUGGAAAGUGCGCAUGCUAUUUAGUCGGAAUGCGUGUGAAGCGAAAUGCAUGUGGGCACUACACAUCCGCAUCCUACAACAUCGCACCCCAUGUAUAUCGCACUAGAAUGGGGUAGCAGCAUUUUCGCUAGACGUACAAAUGCAGGCGGGCUGGAAUGCAGGGGCGGAGUGGCGGAGCGGGCGCUCGCGGACUGCUGCGGCGGUGGUCUUGGCGGGCGUGAGAUUAUGGUGGGGGGCACAUGCAGGCGCUUCGUUGAAUAUUUGUGGACGAGCGUGCGGUUCUGCAAUGGAGGGAUAAGAGCACCUGGGCAAUUGACAGGGUGCGCGUUACAACACUGGUCGCACAUGUGCGUGUGCGUUUGUGUGUGUGGGUGUCGGCAUGACUGGCUGUAUCAUUGUUGGAGGUACUGCUGGGGGUUGCAAAACAUCACAACGGCAGCAAUACUAAUGAGUCGUGACAAGGGCGCAGGCACCAGCCACAUACAACACGGCUGUGAGUGCUGCGUGGUAGGCGUGGGCGUGUGUGGCGUGCGCAUGCGUGUGUGUGGGGACGUAUUGCAUGGGACCAGCAACACGGUCCGGAAGACGGUACAGCAACUACAACAUCAUCGUGCACGCAGGCAACAUCAUUGCGGCGGAUGGGUGCAACAAGUUUUUUGAUUUGUGGCGAUAGACAGCAGAAUUACAACAUGAGCGGGGUGUGCAUGACAGUAGAUGAAGUGGGUUAGCAGUUGAUGAGUCGCGGAUCUACAACAUCACAUAAUUCUUACGAUGAGCGCUACACAACACUGUGCGCAGGCGCGGCAAAACGGAUUUACACCUGUUGUCAUUGAUUUUUAGUUUGGUGAUUGGGCCCCGACAAUUGAUGGGCCGGGCAAGACGCGACAUAGUUGUUGGUGAAGGAUGCGCGUGGUACGAUGCGCGUGGUGCGGAGGCAGACGGCAGCGCACCACAUGCUGCUUGAGCUAGCUCCUGGAGCUGCGAUCGAUUGGUGACAGGGGCACUCUCUCUUUGAGGUGCCGCAUCUGUUUGGUUGGGUCAUGAACGACCCAUACCACAAAAAAGUGAGAGAGUGGCAGCGAGUUGUUGAGAGAGACAUGUACCGAGCGCUAAGAGUGAGGCGCAGCACCAAGGCAGCACGCAGCACCGCGCCCCCGCCUUGGGGGACUGGUCCAUUGGCAUUGCGGUCUGGGAGUUUGGUCUGAUAUGAUUGAUGAGAGCACACAAGAAAGUGCAAUAGGGGCACCUGCGGGGGAGCGGCCCGGUGGUUGCGGCGGCAGGGCGGGCGCACGGAGUACAUAAUGGUUUUCCACGGAUGAGUGCGCCCGGGAGGCAGCGGAAUUGAGGAGUGGCGCGGUGCGCGCAGGGCUGGGAUGACCGCAACAGCGCCGCGCUUUUCAUCGCAGGUGUUCCCUGAUGGUCGAAAUUGGCUGGUCGUACAGUAUUUUGUGACGAUGGACGGAGCAAUGCAGUACCCGCGAGGGAGCUCCGCAGGCCAGACACAGGAGGGUUGCGCGGUCAAGUGUUGAUAUGACGUUUUUGGUUGGUCAGUUCCAACUUUGGUUUGACACAUUAAUGUGGUGGAAGGAUAAGAAGUGGGGUGGUUCGAAGCGAAGAAGAAACACAACAUAUACAUCCAGAAAGGACGCGCGGGUGUGCCCCUAAGAACAACCGACGCCCGCACGUGCCUCGGCGCGUGGCUGCCCAGGGAAUGACGUGCGCUGGCGGAGGGGGCGGGCGCGAUGGCGAGGUCGGUGGGGCAAGCGGCUAUUGAUCCCUGUACGAUACGGAUUUUGUCGGCGCCGUGGAGGUGGACGUGUGGAGGCGAGGGACGAGCAGGAGGGCAGGGAGGAGGUUAGCCGCAGCCGCAGGUGGGACGGGGGGCGGUGGUGGGGGUGGAAGGGACACGGCAGGACGCGGUGGGGGCGCCCUCACGCUGCUGCUGGAGAAGGCGGCACGUGUUGGCGGCGGUGGUGGUAGUGGUGGUGGUGGCACGUGGUGUGUUUGCAGCGCCAUGGAAGCCGCCACGCUGGCUUCGCCUGUCGUGGAGUCAGUCGGACACUAUCCGCUGGGCUGGGCUGGGUGGGUUGUAACAGUAGAUUCUU